AUGCCAGCUGUACCAGCAGGUUAUUCAACUCUAGGCCAAGGAAAUAAACCAACUUGUUUUCAACGUGUUAAAAUUGGUUUCACUAUGGGUUUUACAGUGGGCAUGGUCACUGGAAUUGUUUUUGGUGGUUUUACUGCCAUACGAUAUGGUUUACGUGGUCGUGAGCUUAUUUCAACUGUUGGUAAAUCAGUUGUUUCAGCAGGUGGAACUUUCGGUACAUUUAUGGCCAUUGGUAGUGCUAUUCGUUGUUGA